AAGGGGUUUGUUUUGGUCUGUUUCCCCUAGAAGGUCCUGCAGCGAAAAGGGUGACCUUUUGAUUGACAAGCAGGGGAGCACCCAGCCAGGUCACCUGGCCAAUGUCGUGCAAAUUGUUGUGUAGAUACCUGGUAGCUGCAUCGCUGUGGUUGCUCAGCGGACUCCCCAUCCGCGGGGAGCAGCACCUGGGUUCGGGGAAGAAGACACACGCUGGGGUGGCAGGGUGGCAUACUACUUGUUCUCCUACACAAACACCUCCCUUCAAAACAGUUUUGACAUGAAUAGAGAAGACAUUGAACAUAGCAUCCAUGACGUGAUUUAAAAACCUGAGGUACUGUUGAUCCCCCCCCAUCCUUGAUAAACGCUGCUUGACAAAUGCUGGCAAGAUUUUCAUGCACUGUCAUCUGUUUGGAAUAGCUACACUUCUGCCAAGCAGAAGAAUGCAAGUCUUGCACAGACGUUGGUGACGUCUGAGGUUGGAUGCUCAGUGCACCUCUCGCCUGCAGUGGCUGUUGAGGGGCCUUUUUUACACAAGACCUGAAGGUUUUCUUCUGGAACCCCAUGCAUUCUCCUUUUCCGUGAUGGUUCUAUCACCCUAUUGUGUGGCGAUGCUGAGGUUGGAAAGAUAGCCUUUGCUUUCAAUCUUGACAGCUGUGCUUUGUUCCCGAAUGUGUAGAACAUGAUGGCCGCCCCCGAGGUAGCUGGUGUUGUGGCCAAUGCGCCUGACCCUCCGGAAUCUUCUAGCGUGUGUGCAUCCAAAUCCGAUGAAGGUCUCCCAGAUGGUCUAAGCCCCAAAGACCCUGCACAGAAGCAGAAGAACUCGCCUCCGUCGAGUACUGACUUUAAAACAGCUGAUUCAGAGGUAAACACAGAUCAAGAUAUUGAAAAGAAUCUGGAUAAAAUGAUGACAGAGAGGACGCUCUUGAAGGAGCGUUAUCAGGAGGUCCUGGACAAACAGAGGCAAGUGGAGAAUCAGCUCCAAGUGCAAUUGAAGCAGCUUCAGCAGAGGAGAGAGGAAGAAAUGAAGAAUCAUCAGGAGAUACUAAAGGCUAUUCAGGAUGUGACAAUAAAGCGAGAAGAAACAAAGAAGAAGAUAGAGAAGGAAAAGAAGGAGUUUUUGCAGAAGGAGCAGGAUCUGAAGGCUGAAAUUGAGAAGCUUUGUGAGAAGGGCAGAAGAGAGGUGUGGGAAAUGGAACUGGAUAGACUCAAGAAUCAAGACGGUGAAAUAAAUCGGAAUAUUAUGGAAGAGACAGAACGGGCCUGGAAGGCAGAGAUUUUGUCACUAGAGAGCCGAAAGGAGUUGCUGGUAUUGAAGCUAGAAGAAGCAGAAAAGGAGGCAGAACUGCAUCUUACUUACCUCAAGUCAACCCCCCCAACACUGGAGACAGUCCGUUCCAAACAGGAGUGGGAGACGAGACUGAAUGGAGUUCGGAUAAUGAAAAAAAAUGUUCGGGACCAGUUUAAUAGCCACAUCCAGCUAGUGAGGAAUGGGGCCAAACUGAGCAGCCUUCCUCAAAUCCCUACUCCCACUUUGCCUCCACCCCCAUCAGAGACAGACUUCAUGCUUCAGGUGUUUCAGCCCAACCCCUCUCUGGCUCCUCGGAUGCCCUUCUCCAUUGGGCAGGUCACAAUGCCCAUGGUUAUGCCCAGUGCAGAUCCCCGUUCCUUAUCUUUCCCAAUCCUGAACCCUGCCCUUUCCCAACCCAACCAACCUUCCCCACCCCUUCCUGGCUCCCAUGGGAGAAAUAGCCCUGGCUUGGGUUCCCUUGUCAGCCCCCACAGUCCACACAUGCCCCCUGCUGCCUCCAUCCCGCCUCCCCCAGGCUUGGGCGGUGUUAAGACUUCCACUGAAUCUCCCCGGCCCCAACCAGUAGACAAACUGGAGAAGAUCCUGGAAAAGCUGCUGACUCGGUUUCCACAAUGCAAUAAGGCCCAGAUGACCAAUAUUCUGCAGCAAAUCAAGACAGCACGUACCACCAUGGCAGGCCUGACCAUGGAGGAGCUGAUCCAGUUGGUAGCUGCACGGCUGGCUGAACAUGAGCGAGUGGCAGCAAGUACUCAGUCACUUGGUCGGAUUCGAGCCUUGUACCCUGCUCCACUGGCCCAAAUCAGUACCCCAAUGUUCUUGCCUUCUGCCCAAGUUUCAUAUCCGGGAAGGUCUUCACAUGCACCAGCCACCUGUAAGCUGUGUUUGAUGUGCCAGAAAUUUGUCCAGCCCAAUGAGCUGCACCCAAUGGCAUGCACCCAUGUGCUACACAAAGAGUGUAUCAAAUUCUGGGCCCAGACCAACACAAAUGACACUUGUCCCUUUUGUCCAACUCUGAAAUGAUGGACCUGACUGGGGA